AAGAAGGCAACAUCAUCAUCAAGCGACUCGGACUCAGAUGAAGACGACGCUGCUGUAAAGGUGUGGUCCUCGGAUUUACUUGUUCUAUUUGCUCCUACAAACCCCAUUUUGAGAUUCGACAUUGUUUACGAUCAACUUUCGUACCCACAAAAGACUCCUGCAAAACCAGUCCCCGCAAAAUCUUCCUUGCCAAAACCUGUACCCAAACCAGUCACUUUGGCUCAGAAGGAAGACUCCUCUUCAAGUGACUCCGAUUCUGAUGAUGAUGAUAAACCGCAAGCUAAGAAAGUUCCUGCUAAAGCCCUAAAUGCCCCAAAGCCAUCCAUGUCAGCUGGGAAAGCUGCAUCAUCUUCUAGUGAUUCUGAUACGGAUGACGAAACACCAGCAAAGCCAGCACUGCAAGCAAAGAAGCCAACGCCAGCUCAGAAGGCUACUCCUACAACGCAGAAAAAUGCUAGUUCGUCAUCCAGUGACUCUGAUUCGGACGAUGAU